UGGCUGCCGAAGGCACGUGAGCUGAAUUGCAAAGUUACCGUCUCGCAAUAGCAGCCCCCUCCCCAUGCAUUUAUAUAUCAAAGCCAACGUAUUGGUAUAUAUCUAUGCUGUUUGUAAGAAGGACACUGAACGGGAAAUCCAAAACCAGUGAUAAACCCAGUUAACAUUUCUUAAAGGACGUUCGAUAUUAAGGGAACAAUGUCGUUUUCGAGCAUAAAAGUCCAUUCUUCCCGUUAUUGCAUUAGAUAUGCCGUCGGUAUUGUUUAAAACUUUGUGAUUGUGAUAUACGACGUAUGCUUUAAAAGAAAGUAUUUCAAAAGGAGGAGGGAGGCGCCUGUCCCGCGGCCGCCGGUGGAUGUGCCGGUGCGGACUGAGGACCCGGCUGUGUAACUCGAUAGGAGCCGCUGGGGUCAGCGGGGAAUGUUUGCCAGCAAUGGAGCAGAACGCGAUCCAGUGGCUGGGGACCCCAUAUUGCUUGAGAGGGUCCUUUGCCUUUUAUAAGUCCUUUAGCCACCAAGCUGAGGCAGGCCUGCAGCCAAGCGUGUGGAGUUUGGGCCAGUUCUUCUUUGUCCGAUUCGGACCCCAGGAUCCUGUGUGCAUAGCGGAGCUCACCCUUUUGUGGGAGGACCAGGCACAGCGCCACCUCCUGUCUAGUUCCAGGCUGUACUUCCUGCCCGAAGACACUCCGAAAGGCAGGACUGGAGAACAUGGGGAGGAAGAAGUAUUGGCAGUCUCAAAGAAGAUGGUGAUCCGUCUGGAGGACCUCGUGAAGUGGACAUGUCCAGAGUCACCCGGCUGGAAGAGGAACAGCCUGGGUGACAAACGCUGUAAUGGGACAGUCCCAGAGACGCACAUCUGUGUGACAUCUGUUAUGGAUGGAGCCAGAAAUAAGUCUCGGUCGCCUGUGGACCGUCAGUGUGUGAAGGUCCUGAGUUACCCCCAGUACUGCCGGUUUCGCUCGCUAAGGAGGCGCAUGCAGAACGCAGAGGGCUGCACCUCCCUGCAGGAUCCCCAUCUCCUGGCCCUUGGAGGAACGUGCCUGGGCCACCGAAAUACCUGGGUUUUCUACUGCAGGGACACUUUCAACCACCCUGCUCUGGAAAGCAGUGCCAGCUUCUGGAUGCAUCAAGGCUUCCUGUCUCUUAGUUUGAAGGGAAGACCUCGCAAACGAAAAAGUUUGGAUGGAAAAGAGGCAGCGUACUACAGUCAGUCGAGGUCUUGGAUAGAGGCGAAGGAGAAUGUGAUGGGCGGUGCUGAGAUCCCCGGGGAGCACCGCUGGCUUCCCCGCCCUGAGGAGCAGAACUUCCUGGACCGCCUCUACCUCUUCAUGGAACGAAGAGGAUCCCCCAUCAGCAAAGUACCAAAGCUGGGCUUCAAAAAGGUUGACCUCUUUCUUUUGUUUUCCGUUGUCAAAAGACUGGGAGGAUAUGAGAGGGUGACAUCGCAGAGGCUGUGGAAGAAAGUUUACAAUGAGCUUGGUGGAAAUCCAGGAAGUACUAGUGCAGCCACGUGUACGAGAAGGCACUACGAAAAGCUGAUCCUGCCUUACGAGCAGCAGAUGAAGGGGUCGCGUUCAGACAAGCCUCAGGUACUCGCUGCAGCCGGCUUGGCGGUGGAUGUGACUCGGGGAAGAGGGGCGCAGGCCAGGCUAAAGGUCAAGAAAGGGGCUUCUUCGGAAGGUGAAGUGAAACAAAGAGGCACUGCCGCCUCGCAGAGAAGAGGACGGCCCCGAGGCAGGAGCCACACUAAUGCUGCGGUUUCAGCCCCCCCUCAGAAGAGCCCAGAGACCCACUCAUCUGCCAGAGAGCUUCCGCCAACUGUUAGCCAGAAGCACUGUACCAGCAGCGCCCCUGAAGUCGAAGGGAUCUCCUCAGUAGAUCUGAAAAGCAGCUCGAGUUCUGCGGUGGUGCAGGGCUUUGCCCCCCAGGAUUCCCCAUUGAUACAGGGUCUUACCCCCUUCCCUUCGGGACCUCCGAUUACAACAGCGGAUCCAAGAGUGAACAUGGAGCCUGCAAAUUGGAAGUAUGCUUCCCCGCUGCCCACCUCACGCUUGGUACAUGACAAUGGAUCUCUGUCUGACAUUGGCCUGUCAAAAGUAUCUCCACUUGAUCACCUCAAAACUCGCUUGGGUCUAAACUCCUCCGCUGUCUCGGCCCCUCAGGGACCUGCUGUAUGCCCCCACAGCCCCGCUGAACUUUUUUGCCUCACAAAUAAGGCUGGCGAGAGUCAGAACGGCCUCAAGUGGGAGAGGCUUCCUGGAUCUCCAGCAAAUGAUGGCACUCGGAAGUGUCAUGCAGACUGCGUGACCCUGGACAGUUUCUGCAAGCUUCCCAAGCCGCUCAAGGUCCUCCCUUUGGACAUAGACUGUAGCCUUCAGGUGCGGCAUCUGAUGCACAUGCCCCCUGGUUCCUCACAGCUCAGCUCGUUCGGGAAGAAGCUGUCAGAAGUCCUUGCACAGGACCUGAGUGACGCCUGCCAGAGUCCCAGCCCUCACCCUGGCUUGCAGGAGCAGAUGUAUCCCCUUAAUCUCAGCAUGCGCUCGGCUUCCAAGAAACCUGCCGUUGACCUUAGGUCAGAAGUCUUUGAUACCUGCCAGAAUACCGAUGAUCCUCCCUGUGAACCCAAGGUCAACUUCAAGAAGGAGUCUGUCAAGGAUUCGGGCCUAGUUCCAAACACCAAUGGCUGCCUUGUGUUGGCCUUGGCCCAGGAGACGCCCACGGACCUAUGCUUACCACGACAGGCCAAGGAAUUGCUCCAUGGUCACGUCACCCAGCAAGAAGGUGCCACUUGUGGCCCGGAUCCUUUUGAAGCGGAUGUCCAUCCUUUGCUUGCUGUGGUUAAAGAAGAUUCCACUUUGGGAAGCUGCUCAAAUUCCUGUGAACUUCCUGCUCAGGUAAACAUGUAGACUAUGGAUGAUCUGAGGAGAGACAGGUAAUGUGCAAGAGGACCAAGAGCCUGGCAAAGGCUGUGGGGGGCGGACGCUUAGAUCCCGCUACUCCUUCAGUCUUACUUCAGGUAUCAGACUGGAACACUGACUUUGGAAAUGAAUGGAUGUAUCACUCCACAUGUCUGUAGACCAGUAGUCUGUUGUCCCAAGGCAUCUGGUGAGAUGGGAGGUUCUGCAGCGCCGGCGAGGCGGAUAACGGCGAACGCUCAGUGAUCCCGAUAGUGGACAGUACUUUUCCUGUUCAGGCAGACUAUUGUUGAAAUGCAUAUACUCUUAUGGGGCCAUGUUUCUAAUACACGAACGAAAAAGAAAAAAUUUUAUGUGAAAUGCUACCUGUGCAAUGAAGUGUUUUAACGUGGUUCAAUGCCAGUAUGACCAUGACUUGAUUUAAUAUGAUUUAUUCAUAUGAGUUACAGUAAGAACUCUAGGUUUCAUUAAAAGUCUUUUGAUUUUCUUUAUAUAUGCCAAUGAGUGUAAAGCGAUUACCUGGACUGUUUAUAAAUAUUGAAAGACACAAUCACUUUUGUUCAGUACUAUACAUGCUGACAUUGUCCAUUCAGCAUGGAAAUACCUGUCACUGUAAUACUCUGUUGCCAUAGCUCUAUGAUCAGGUGGUUGCUCAACUACUGUAUUUUACUACAGUGUCAUAUACAUAAUACAUAAUAUCUUCUCUGGAGCUCCAAAUGCAUUAUCUGUAAAUAGUUAAGGAGCGAUCGUAAAGCCAGGACCAAGGUCUGUGAUUGUAUGGUAGUAUAGCUCUCUAAGAAAGUGAAUAAGAUUCCAUGAUUUUUGAGACUAUAGUUUUGGGGGGUUAUUUUUGUCUAAAACUUAGUAGGUAGUUGGCUAUUUAAUUUCUGGGCAGUGCUUAGCUCUGACUGGUUCCUCUCCACUUGAAUAAACCACUAUUAUCUUAGGUGGACAUGGUGAUUGGAUUAAUUUGUGUGCUUCAACCCAGUGAUGGAUGAGAGUGGGGCAGCAUCUCUACCAAAAAUAAUCUCAGCGUCCUCACCUCCAAAAUGAAUAUAGCAUGUUAUAUGUGGGGGUGUCGCCUGACACCUCCAGGACUGGGGGGUUUGGGAAUGCCAACUCUGCACUGCGUGUGUAUGACUUUUCUGCAUGUUCCUUGUCAUCUAUGUUUCCUUUGCAGUUCAUGGAGUUUGGCUAAUUGGCAUCUUUAAAUUGACCAUACGGCUGAUUGUGUGUUUGACUGUGUGCAUGUAUAUGCCCUGUGAUUGCGACUGGUUUCUCAUUCCGAAUUGACCCCUGCCGUCUGCCGUAAGGCAACUUCCGUAACUCUGACCACGGCAAGCAUUUGAAAGACGAAUGGACAGAUAACGUUAUUUGCAGUUCGUUUUGUCAUUUCUUACCAUGUUCUGCAAUUCUUCAGAACUGGGUUGUUUUCAUCUGUACUUUCGUUAAAUACUUUAAAUAUUUAUUUAAUAUACGCUAAAUGAUUUAGAUAUUUUCCCAUAUGUACAAUUAUUUGUGCACUUGAAUCUUUGGAUCCUGUUUAAAAAAAUCCUUCAGUUUUAAUGCAUUAAAAGAAUGGUCUCGAUUA